UACAAAACUGUCGGAACAGUCAAAGUUGCUUUCGAAUAACGAAAUAGUUCGCUUAGUUUCAUUAUUUGCCAAACAUGGGGUCGAUAAAAUUCGAAUCACUGGUGGAGAACCUACAGUGAAAAAGGAUAUUAUUCAAAUAGUUGAAUCACUCAGAGAUAUAAAAAAAACUCAAAACGAUUGCGAUGACCACGAAUGGCUUAACUCUAACAAAACUUUUGGUGGAUCUUCAACGAGCUGGAUUGAACGCGUUAAACGUUAGUUUAGACACGUUGCAACAAAAUACGUAUGGAAACAUCACUAGAAGAGAUGGUCGAUUAUUGAAAAGAGUAUUGGCAGGUAUAGAUCUGGCAUUGCAAUUAGGAUUCAGUCCAGUUAAGGUGAAUUGCGUGUUAAUGAGAGGAAUAAAUUUUGACGAAUUACGUGAUUUUGUUGAAAUGACUAGAGACCGUACAAUCAGUUAUCGGUUUAUUGAAUUCAUGCCGUUUUCAAUGAAUGAUUGGGACGAAAAGCGAAUGGUACCUUAUAAAGAAGCAAUUCGAGAGAUCAAAAAGUCGUAUCCUAAUUUCGAACCUUGCGAUAAUGAGCCAAAUUCAACUUCAAAGAUGUAUCGGGUGCCAGGAUUUGCAGGUAGCAUUGGCUUCAUAUCAUCCAUGACCGAAGAUUAUUGCGAUAGCUGUAACCGACUCAGAUUAAUGGCCGACGGAAAUCUAAAAGCAUGCCUGUUUCAAAAUAACGAAAUCAGUUUAAGAGAUCCGCUUCGGAAAGGAGCUUCAGAUGAAGAAUUACUGGACAUCAUAUCGAAUGCUGUGAAUGAUAAAAAGCGGAAACAUGCUGUCGCUGAUCGAAGCAUAUCGGCGGUGACCGCGAGCCAUGUCGGCCGUUUCGCCAGAAACGUUUAUACGACGUCCAGCGGCGGCUGUCUCGCUAGAAACUUUUGUACGGCGUUCGUCAGCGACAGCGGCGGCGGUGCGGACGAGCCGCGCCUGACGCACGUGGACGGACGAUCGGGGGACGCGCGCAUGGUGGACGUUUCGGGAAAACGCGAGACUCGGCGGACGGCCACGGCGGUGGCUCGGGUCCGGUUGGACGCGACGGCCACGCGACUGAUUGCCGAGGACGCGUGCAAAAAGGGUGACGUGCUGUCCGUGGCCAGGCUGGCGGGCAUUUGCGGGGCCAAAGCCACGUGCCAGCUGAUACCGUUGUGUCACCAGAUCAGGCUGGAUUCCGUGACGGUGGACGCCCGGCUGGACGAGCGCCGCGGCCGCGUCUACAUAACGGCCACGGCCGUCAGCACCGACCGCACGGGCGUCGAAAUGGAGUGCCUGACGGCGUGCGCGGUGGCCGCGCUCACGGUCUACGACAUGUGCAAAGCCGUCAGUCGGGACACGGUCAUAGAGCACGUCAAGCUCUUGUCCAAGACGGGCGGAAAAAUCGAUUACCGAGCAAAAGACGACGACGACGACGACGAUUAGGGCCAAACGAUCGAAUAAUGAAUAUAAAAUUACCUAUAUUAUUAUUAUGUCGGGGCAAAGCGAUCGUAUUAGGAUUUUUCGACGAAUAAAAUUACUUUCAAAAGUUAUUGUUUGUUGUAAAUUGUAAUAUUCUAUUUCUUAUAUUGUUGAUGAUACAGUGUAUUAUUUUACAGUACUUAAUCAGACGUCGAUCGAUGUUUCCGAUUUCUUUAUACUUAUUAUAAUAAUUGUUGUGAUAAAAAAUAUAUAAUUAUUUUAUA